AUGCCGCCUUCUCGUCCUCCUCCAAUCCCCAGCACUCUCGGCCUCCUCUACCGAUUCCUAGCCUCGCCGUCGCCCCCGCCGCUGAUCGCGCUCCUCCGCCUGCACGCCCUAGCAUCAACCUCCGGCCUUUCCUCUCGCCCCGACUUCGCCGCCAAGCUCGUCUCUGCCUACUCCUCCUCCGGCCUCCCCGGCUUCGCCACCCUCGCCUUCUCCGCCUCCCCCUGCCCCGACACCUUCCUCUGGAACUCCCUCCUCCGCUCCCACCACUGCGCCUCCGACUUUGAUUCCGCGCUCUCCGCCCAUCGCCGCAUGCGCGCGUCUGGCGCGCGGCCCUCCCGGUUCACCGCGCCCCUUGCCGCCUCCGCGGCCGCCGAGCUCGCUGCCCUUCCGGUCGGCACCUCCGUGCACAGCUACUCCGUCAAGUUCGGCCUCCUGGCCGGCGAUGGUUCCGUCGCGGUCUCGUCGUCUUUGGUGUACAUGUAUGCCAGGUGCGGCAGCCUUGGCGACGCUGUCAAGCUGUUCGACGAAAUGGUCGAGAGGGACGUGGUCGCAUGGACAGCCGUGGUCUCGGGGUGCGUGCGGAAUGGGGAAUGUGGGAAGGGGAUAUGCUACUUGGUGCAGAUGAUUAGGCUCGCAGGUGAUAGCGGGGCGAGGCCGAACUCACGGACAAUGGAGAGUGGGUUGGAGGCCUGCGGAGUGCUAGGGGAGCUAUCUGCCGGGAGAUGCUUGCAUGGGUAUGCGGUGAAGGAAGGGAUUAGAGAUUGUGCAUUGGUGGUUUCUGCGCUUUUCUCAAUGUACUCAAAGUGUGACAUGACUGAGGAUGCAUGCAUUUUAUUCCCAGAGUUGACAGAGAAAGAUGUGGUUAGCUGGACUGGCUUAAUUGGAGCCUAUUGCAGGAGAGGGCUUGCCAGGGAGGCCGUGGAGUUGUUCCAGGAGAUGGAGCAGUCUGGUCUACAGCCAGAUGAGGUGCUUGUUAGCUGUGUACUUUCAGGGCUGGGAAGCAGUGCUAAUGUAAAUAGAGGGAAGGCAUUUCAUGCAGUUAUAAUAAGGAGAAACUUUGGAGAUAGUGUGUUGAUUGCCAAUUCUUUGAUCUCAAUGUAUGGAAAAUUUGAAUUGGUGGAUGUUGCAGGCACAGUUUUUGGAAUGUUGCAUCAACGAGAUGAUGAAUCAUGGAGUUUGAUGGUUGCAGGAUACUGCAAAGCUGGACUUGAUGUCAAAUGUUUGGAGUUGUACCGACAAAUGCAGUGCAGAGAUCAUGAUGAAUUUUUGUGUGACAUCACCAGCUUAGUUUCUGCAAUCUCUUCUUGUUCACGGCUAGGGAGACUACGAUUAGGCCAAUCAGUUCAUUGUUAUUCAAUCAAGUGCUUGCUUGAUGAAAAUUCAAUUACAAAUUCGUUAAUUGGGAUGUAUGGAAGAUGUGGGAAUUUUGAACUCGCAUGCAAAAUAUUUGCUGUGGCCAAAUUGAGGAGGGAUGUUGUCACCUGGAAUGCACUAAUAUCCAGCUAUUCUCACGUGGGACGUUCAAAUGAUGCCUUAUCACUAUAUGGUCAGAUGCUCACUGAAGAUGUCAAACCCAACUCCUCAACCUUGAUUACUGUCAUUUCGGCUUGUGCGAAUUUGGCUGCACUGGAACAUGGAGAAUUGCUACAUUCUUAUGUGAAAAAUAUGGGGUUGGAAUCUGAUGUAUCUAUUAGUACAGCACUUGUUGACAUGUAUACUAAAUGUGGGCAACUUGGAACUGCAAGAGGGAUUUUUGAUUCUAUGCUCCAACGGGAUGUUGUUACAUGGAAUGUGAUGAUAUCAGGCUAUGGGAUGCAUGGCGAAGCAAAUCAGGCAUUGAAACUAUUUAGUGAGAUGGAGGCAGGAAGCAUUAAGCCUAACAGUCUCACUUUUCUUGCCAUUCUGUCUGCUUGUUGCCAUGCAGGACUUGUUGACGAGGGCAGGAAGCUUUUCAUCCGUAUGGGGGGAUACCGCCUUGAACCUAACCUGAAGCAUUAUGCAUGCAUGGUAGAUCUCUUAGGAAAAUCUGGGCUUCUUCAAGAAGCAGAAGAUCUGGUUUUGGCUAUGCCAAUAAAACCUGAUGGUGGGGUAUGGGGAACUUUGCUUAGUGCCUGCAAAGUGCAUGACAACUUUGAGAUGGGAUUAAGAGUUGCAAAGAAGGCAUUUUCUUCUGACCCAAGAAAUGAUGGAUACUAUAUUUUAAUGUCGAAUUCAUAUGGCAGUGCUGAAAAAUGGGAUGAGAUAGAGAAACUGAGAGACACGAUGAAGAAUUAUGGAGUGGAAAAGGGUGUAGGCUGGAGUGCUGUUGAUGUUUGGGGAUGAGUUAACAAUUAUGCAUAAGGCUGCAGCUCGGCCUGUAGAAUGGUAAUGUAACCAAUUGACUACUCGUACUAUGUGUGUAAUGAGACAAAAUUGAUCUUGCAAAACAGAGAGUUAUAGUCAUGUAGCUGGAUCAGAAGAUCAGCUGAUCAUUGACAGCAUUGGCUCAUUACUGAAGGUAACUGUUGAGGGAGUGGUGGUGGUGGGUGCGGUGUUGGACUGCUACCUCGUAAAAAAAAGUGUCUAGCCCAGUGUCAGAGAAAGAGAAGGCUGACAUAUGGAUCAAAAUCGAAGGGUCACAGAACCAGGCCAAUAGAACAGCCAGAGAGGUGUUCUGUUGUUCUCCUACAAAAAGUGUCCUAGAUGCAUCAUUAGGUGGCAGGUCUACUACUUAUACUUCCUGCUAACCUUGAGGUCUACCACAUAAAUAAGAAGCAAAGUGUCUUGAGCGGAUUACAUGUGUAUGUGUAAGUGCUUUUGAGCAUGAAUUUCUUUAUGCACUGCAUAUGCAUUUUUGUGAGGUAAAAAUUUGCAUGUCUGUACCAAUGCAUUUGUCAGCCUCUGCAAAUUGUGUCCACAUGUCACAAUUGCUGCAGUUCUUCUUCACCAUGGUACUUAACAAAAAUGACUGUAACCUUCAUGUUAAAAUUUUGUUUGAAGAUAUAACAGCUUCCUUCAAUGUAAUUUUGUAUACCUGAGUUUUUUCUUGCGAUAUCUCUUGGGAAUAAGGAGGAAGAUAUACAGGUCAAGCCUCGGAUCAAAUACUGAUAUUUUGUGUUUGUUUGAAAUUCCUUGACCUUACAGCGCAUUAAGCAAAUUGAUGCUUUCGUAUUAGUUUGGAGUGAUGCCUGUAAGUUUCCGAGGAUUAUGAAUUUGUAUUAGUUUACAUCAAGUUUUAAAAGAAAGUAACACUGCUUGUGGAGAAUGCCUCUCACUGAUCCAUUCUCUCUGCAUGACUUCAGUCUUCAUAUGAAAGAAGAGGAAAGUGUUGUUGGUUCACCCUGCCCUUGGAGGAUGGCAGGUUCGUAAAAGGGUUUUGAUGGUUCAGACAAGGUGGAUCCCGUGCUUACUGAAUACUGAUAUGCUUGCAUCAUAGCACUGAUUCAGACUGGCUGGAUCCAACAGUCACGAGAUCUUUGUCCAUGUUUAGUUUUCUGCCCCCAACCAUUAAUUGCAAAAGCAUUUCACAUAUGCGAAGAUGUAUGUCCCACAGCACAUGACAUGGUUACACACAGCCCUGAUGCAGUGGAGUGAAGAAAUUUACAGGUUCAGCAAAUCCAGUAUCCCCUUUUCCUUGGUUUUGCGAGACAUUGUCCAUGAAUCCGCGAUGCGCUCUUUCUUUCUAGUGCUAAUGCAAACAUCGUCCUUGAGUCCUUAAAAUGGCCAUUCAGGGUAAAUGUUUAUUUGAUGACCUUAAGAUGGACCACAAGGAGGGUUAGUUAAUGUUCAGUUACAUUUAAAUGCGAAGUGACACAGAGUAAUAGCGGAUUGCAGGUUUGAUUUCUUCUUCGCUUCGUCCUGCUAGAUGAACUUGGGUAUGGUAUUCGUCUGCUGCUCAUCUCGCCCCAACUUUUUUUUGUUAAAAUGUUAGUAUGGGGAAGCACAGAAACUGCCAUGUGGAAGGACGUGCUAGAUACCUCGUACCAGAACAAUGAUGUACGGUUGGAUUGGUCUGGUUGCCGUACCUGAUCUCCACAUGCUUUUAGUGCCGUGUUGAUGCAGAGCUAGCUGUUUCAUGGCUUUCAUCUUUACUUCGGGACUUCUGCACCGAUUCUUUUUUCGAUGCAUUUGCAGGGGGCAAGGGAAAGGAAAUUUUGAACAUGGUGAUAUACAACGCCAGUAUGUUGUAAGAUAGGGUCUGGCCGUCUGGGACACUGCAUUAAUAUUUUUUUUGGAUGAAUCCCUACAUUUUUCUCUGUUACGUAAGAGAAUCCAAUUUGCCUUACAAAGCAAUUGUUACUUGUACUA